AUGGCAUCUGCUUUCGAAUCGUUCAAGGUUGUACAUCAAUACCAGCUUAGCUCCAUCCCAGAGGACUUGUGGCAGCCGCUCUUUAUGAAGCUUGGCGAGGAUUAUCUCGAUGCGGGAAACUUUGCUGAACUUCAUCAUGGCGAUCCUAUGGAAGGCUAUUCACUCCAUGUCAAGGCUGACAAGUCGCUCAAGAAGCACAGUGAUAUUUUCUUGGUGGAUCACGCUUGGACUACAUCUCCCGAGACAGCCAAAGAAGAGCUCAAGCUCAAUCUUUCGUUGAUGGACCGUCUUGAGAACUUGAUGGAUAUCGAGCAAAUUGAAGCACCCGAGAAUUCAGACGAUGAAGAGGAUGAGGAUGAGAAACCCAGCGAUGAUUUGAUCAAAUUAGUCGCCUCUCAAGCAAAUGUCACUGAAAGAGAGGCUGAAAAGGCAUUGAUAGCUGAAAACAACGAGGUUGUAAACGCUAUUAUGCGACUGACGAUAGACCCUGAACAAAAAGCCGAGUCCGAAAGGUUGGAUGACCUUAUGAUGAAGCAGAUCCUUGCCAGUGGUAAGCCUCAAGAGAAGGAAGACAAGGAAAAGAAAGACAAAAUCGAAAGGCGAGAGCAAAGAGAAAAGGAUUGGAUCAAUCAACGAGCCAACAACAUUUACAGAAAGAUGUGGUCUUAUAUCCAAACCUACACGUACUCCAUUCUCCAACAAGAUGGACAGCCCGCCUCUCAAACUGCUUGGUACAUUAACGAUGAGGUUGGGUCCGCUAUCUGCCAUUCUUCUGAUCCCAAUGUUGUCUGUUUGCCCUUUAUCUUUUCUCGUGGUGCUACUGGUAUGAUCCCCUACAGCGUCUUCUUCCCUAUCAAGGACAUUGAAGCUGGUGAAAUCAUUACUUGCGAUCUGCUGCCAAAAAGUGUCCAGCGUGAGUCUGACAAGUUGGCUUAUUUGUUUGCUUUCCAGGACAGAGUUUUGCUAACUGCUGAACUCCAAUCAAAACGUGAUGAAUUGGUCAAGUCCUUUAAACAAGAGCGUGAAAAGUUACAGAGUCAAAUAUUCACGCCUCCAGAAGCACACAGCUUUUCGCCCGAGCAAGUUUUCGAAGCUUUGAGAAACGAGGCAAACAGUAAGACCAAGGGAGAAUCCAUUACUGUUUGCACAGAUACAUCAUUCAUUCAACAGUUUCUCAAGUUGGAUAACGUCAAGUUUACUACUGAUCCUGCCAAGGCCGAUAUUCUCUGGACCACUCAAGACUUCCAAGGCUGGGACUCUCUCGAACCUCAUCAAAUUGUCAAUCAAUUCCCUAACGAAAAGUGUAUUACAUACAAGCAUAACAUGGCUAAAUUGAUCCAAAAAACCUAUGGCCUGCCAGAUUGGUUUAUGCCCACAUACAACAUUAUGACUCAACUAUCAGAAGUCGUGGGUGAUUAUCUGAAUUCUGAGGAAAACGAAGAAACCAACCUCUGGAUCCUCAAACCAUGGAACAUGGCUCGUGGAUUGGGCCUCGAUAUCACCAACAAUCUCUCUGAGAUUGUGCGCCAACACGACAAUCCCAUCCCCAAAAUUGCCCAGCGCUACUUGGUGUCGCCUUGUCUCUACAAUGGUAAAAAGUUUGAUCUUCGUUAUAUUGUGCUUGUGCGUCGCACUGAGCCCAACUUGCUUGCACUUGUCUACAAUAUGUUUUGGACUCGCCUGGCCAACAAAAAGUACGACUUGGACAACCUGGAUGACUACGAGUGUCAAUUUACUGUCAUGAACUAUUCCAAAUACGAAAUGACUCAAUUGGACAACAAGAGUUUCAUUCAUAACAUGGAGAAGCAGCACAAUAUCAAGUGGGAUCAAGUGCAAAAGGAUAUCAAUACUGCCAUAAAAAACGUACUGGUGGUUGCUGCUAGCACUCCUGAGCCAUUGGGUUUGGCCGGCAGAGAUACUUCCAAGUUUGAUGCUUUCAGUGUGCUUGGUUUCGAUAUCAUGUUGACUGAUGAUUUUAAGCCUGUUGUGAUUGAGACCAAUUUCUCUCCCGAUUGCACCAGAGCUUGCCAGUAUGACCCUGAGUUUGUCAACAACAUCUUCUCUGUCGUGGAUGGUAGAUUUGGAUCCACUGAACAGGGCUUAAAGGCAUUUACCCCAUUGUAA